UGUAUGCACACACAGAACUAUACAUGUGUUGAUUUGUUUACUUGAGAGGAAAUGUUAGGUUUGUGUGAAUAGUGAGGUGACCACAUCGUUCCGGUUUCCAAAAGUUUAGGGAAAUUUUUUGUGGUAAUUGAGUAAAAGAAAUUUUAGUUGCAAAAGAAAGUAACUGUUUAAAGGAAUUAAAUUUUUCACUCGCCAGUAGUGCGUAACCACGUGCAGUAAGUGUGGGCGUGUACAGCAAACACGAAAUGGUUAACACUAAAGAUGAAACCACGUCUUCUACACAGGAAGGAUCACCAGAAAAAUCGAAGCAGGCAUUAAAGAAAGAAGCUAAAGAGGCAGCAAAGAAAGCAAAGAAAGAAGAGAGAUUACAGCAAAAGGCAGCCCAAGAUGAUGCUUCGGAGCCUGAUUCUUGUGCAGGAAAGUAUGGUCAGCCUCCAAUGAUUCAGAGUGCGGAAAAGACUCAAAGGAACUUUGUCCAUGUUAAAGAUAUUAAGGAUGAGAUUGCUGGUCAGUGUGUUUGGGUUAGAGGUCGUUUACAUACUAGUAGAGCUAAAGGAAAACAGUGCUUUAUUGUUGUUAGACAGCAGGAGUACACUGUGCAAUGCCUGUUUGCCGUGGGAGAAAAAAUUAGUAAACAAAUGGUGAAAUUUGCUUCAAACAUAACAAAAGAAUCCAUAAUAGACGUUGAAGCUGUUGUUUCUAAAGUCCCACGUACUGUUGAUGGUUGUACUCAGAAGACAGUGGAAUUGCAUGGAUUACAAAUUUUUGUUGUCAGUGCUUCUAAAAGUCAGCUGCCUUUGCAAAUUGAAGAUGCUGCUCGUCCAGUAAAGGAUGAUGACAACAGUGAAGAAGGCCUGAAUAUUAGAGUUAAUCAAGAUACUCGCUUAGAUAACAGGGUAUUGGAUCUACGAACUCCAGCAAACCAGGCUAUUUUUAGAUUGGAAGCAGGUGUUUGUAAACUGUUCAGGGACCUUUUAUUCAACCAGGGGUUUGUUGAGAUACAUACGCCAAAAAUAAUUCCAGCUGCAAGUGAGGGUGGUGCUAAUGUUUUUACUGUUUCAUAUUUUAAAAGCUCAGCUUACUUAGCGCAGAGCCCUCAACUUUACAAACAGAUGGCUAUUGCAGCGGAUUUUGACAGGGUGUACACUGUGGGAGCAGUUUUUCGUGCUGAAGACAGUAAUACUCAUCGCCAUUUAACAGAAUUUGUUGGACUUGAUUUAGAAAUGGCUUUUAAAUACCACUACCAUGAAGUGAUAGACACUAUUGGGAACACUUUCACACAGAUCUUCAAGGGUCUACGUGACAAUUACGCUGAUGAAAUAGCUGCUGUAGCACAACAGUUUCCUGUGGAACCAUUUCGGUUUAUUGAUCCACCUCUGAAACUUGAAUUUAGUCAAGGUGUGAAGAUGUUACGUGAAGCAGGAGUUGAAAUGGGGGAUGAGGAUGAUCUUAGUACUACUAAUGAGAAAUUACUGGGACGCUUAGUUAAGGCGAAAUAUGACACUGAUUUUUAUAUUCUGGAUAAAUAUCCUCUUGCAGUGAGGCCCUUCUACACUAUGCCCGAUCCAAAAGACAAUAAAAAGUCAAACUCUUAUGAUAUGUUCAUGAGAGGCGAAGAAAUACUCUCUGGUGCACAGAGAAUUCAUGACCCAGAAUUUUUGACUGAAAGGGCAAAACUACUUGGCGUUGAUAUUGAAAAGAUCAAACCUUACAUUGAUUCUUUCCGUUAUGGAUGCCCACCACAUGCAGGAGGUGGAAUUGGAUUGGAAAGAGUUGUGAUGUUGUACUUGGGUUUGGAUAAUAUUCGUAAAACAUCAUUGUUCCCUCGUGAUCCAAAAAGAGUAACUCCAUGAGGACUCUGUUAUAGAAGGUGUGUGGCAUUGCUGUUAUUAUUAAUCAGAAUUGAGAGAAAUUUUAAUUUUGUGUGGCUGUGAUUUUAAAAUUUUGGACUGAAAUGGGUUCCAGUGUAGUCUUGUUAACAUAAAUACUCGUACUGCUGUGGUUUAAAUUUCUUAUGUGCCUUUUUUUAAGCAGUCUUGCACAUAAAGUUCAUUAAUAUGCCAAGUGUGAAAUGAUUUUAAAAUAAAAUUAUUUUUGAAAAA